CUUCAAUUGCACCGACUCUCUGGACACUACGGAUUACUGCCCUUCGGUUCGGCAUUCCGAGAAGCCCAAUUACUUGAUUUGGACCUUUUCGACAUCCUUUUCGAUGGCUUCGUUUAUAUGCCCUUACCGACGUAAAAGAUAUCUCAUUCGUCAGCGGUUAUGAUAUUAUGACAUUGCGGAAUAAUGCCUCCAAGAAGAUCACAUAAAAAAUCUCGUGCCGGAUGCCGAAGAUGUAAAGCUCGAAAAAUUAAGUGCGACGAAGUCCAUCCUAGGUGUGGAAAUUGUACCAAGCAUGGCGUUGCUUGCGACUUUGAGCAUCCCGGCAUCGUCGACACUCUUAGUCCAGUCGAAACCCCUCGUCCGACGACAUCUACAAGUAACUGCGAUAGUCCCUCGACGAGUACUCUUCCACCGACGCCCUCCGUAGAGUCGAGCACGCCUCUUCCCCUAUAUCGAAAUCCAGAACCUCUUCCCUUGACAAACUCGAACAAAAGUAAUCGCAUGAUGGAGUUAAAACUAUUACAUCACUACACUACCAUUACUUGCCAGACUCUGGCCAUAUCUUCACCGGUGAGCGAGAAAAUAUGGCGGGAUACUGUCCCGAACCUUGCCUUUACCGGUGCAGAAUUUCUAGCCGACGCUUUGCUUGCCGUUUCUGCUCUCCAUCUACGGUCACACGCUCCACAGGAUCAAGAACUUAUACGCGCCAGUCAUUCAUAUAUGGCGUCAACCCUUUCGGAAUAUAGUGCGAGGCUAGGAAAGGGCAUAACGGAGUCAAACGCGGAAGCGCUAUUCCUUACCGCUGCCCUCAUCGCGUUCCAGUCGACGGCGUCCCGUAUUUUCGCUAGGGAUGACAGUAGUGACUUGAAGGACCGAUCUGAUGGGUAUUCCCUGCCGCUGUCGUGGUUUCACUCGUUUCAGGGAAUCAAGGCUGUUGUGGCUUCUAGUUGGCAAUGGUUGCGCCAUAGCGGGAUCGUGAUCCCGAUAAUCGAGUCUCAACCCGCGCUUAAUCUUGAUCUGUCAGGGCAAAACGCGAAUUUUUUCGGGCAUCUACUAACCGGAGUGGAAGAGGAGGUUGCCAGCCAAGAUGAUCCCACAACCCAGGAGCUUACGCGCCAGGCCUACCAGCACGCUGUCGCUGUGCUUGACUGGGCUCAUAAGAUACCCCAUACCGGUGCCCCUCUCGUGUUUCUCGCGACCGUUUCGCGCCGUUUUGUAGAAUUGCUCGAGUCCCGGCGUCCACGUGCUCUUGCAAUUCUUGCUAGUUAUUUUGGGUUACUAAAGUCUCUCGAUAGUGUUUGGUGGUUGAAGGGCUUAGCGCGUCGCGAAGUCAUGGGCAUUGUUUCCCUAUUCGAUCCAGACGAUGAAGAAUGGUGGCCUCGUCUGCAAUGGCCUGUACGGAUUGCAUUAUACGAGGGCGAUUUCAUACCACCAGACGUGUGGGGCGCAGAAUCUUGCACUGAGACGGCGCUCUUGGACCAAAGCGGCCAAAAUGGAGGCUACGUCAGUCAUAUUGAGCUCGUGAGUCAAAUGUUUUCUGCUGUGCAGAAUAUGCCCCCAACGAUGCCGGGCGACGCCCUCGACGCACUCGCCCACCAGACCUUUUUAGCUCGAUCCCAAGAAUUCAACCGGCAGAUGUUACUCCGAGACGAUACGCACGUGUUACAUUGAAACUUCAGUAACUACAUCCGUUCGUGUCAAGCGUCGUUGAUCCGAGCUCGAACGGCUUAGGCAAGAUCUCACCCUCCAGAGUGUGAUCCAGUCGAGUAGAAUGCUAUUUGCUUCUUUGGGACGCCUUAGGUGUGCAUCACAUGACUACGCAACUAAAUGUUAUAACAUUGGGAGUUUUCAUGAGGCUGAUGUACAACAGCAUCGAACGAUUCGUCACACAGGGGGUGAAAAUAUGUAAUAUUGGGAUUUUCGUCCCCGAGGAUGCGGUAUCGAUACCAUGAUCUAUCUCUGUGGGGAUGGUUUUAUCAGGGUUCGAACAGCUAAGGACAGAAGUUGCGAAAGCGACGUAGCGACGACCCCCCACACCUACUACACGAAGCUAUUGGCUUUGUUAUAGAGCGUGUUGGCAGAAGAUAUGAGGGGCGACAGCGUAUAUAUACACUUCGACGUAGUUUUCUGUCGGUAUAUGGCAGAUGGGUUAAUAUGAAGGGAAAGGCUAUGGGGAUUGCUAACUACCUAAUGUAUUAUACAGUACGUGCAGUUUUAAGCUGACUACAACGUAGGUAAACCUAUAUUAAGGAGGGACUAAAAACACCACUAUGAAUAGAUCAACUCCAAACUUGGGAUCAACUUCCCAUGUCUACGAAGUAUAUACCAUCUAUGUAAUAAUAGCUUUAAUUUCCCUGAAGACUCCUUUUUAUGACAAUAAGGGC